AUGGACAACGAACAUAUUCCUGUGUCUCCUGCUAAAAAAAAUCCACGAGGAAAACCUAUUGGCACUGGUCAAAGGAAAAUUGUUAUAAAUCUGUACAAAGAUUUGGUUACAAAACAGUCUGAAAAUCCAGGCAGCCCCCGAUUGAGCUACAGAGAAAUGAUAAUCGAAAUAUCUAAAUCCUCGGGUAUUGGACAACGUACUGUACAAACCACAUUGUCGGAGUACAAAAAUCUAGGUACUGUUUCAUCGCCUUCCAAGAAAAGAUUAAAACUUACAAUAAUUAAAAAAAUCGACGAAUUUGAUAAAAAUGCAAUCAGGCAAAAAAUACAUCAAUUUUGGAGAAACCGGGAAGUACCAACAAUCAAAAAAAUGUUGACAGCCAUCAACGAGGAUGAAACAUUGCCUAAUAUAAAACGUACGUCAUUCCAGGCAGUGUUAAAAGAUUUGCAAUUUGAAUACCUGAAAAAAAAUCGUAACAGUGCACUUCUCGAAAGAGAAGAUUUAAUAACUUGGCGCCGAAAUUUUAUAGGCAAAAUAAAGCAUUACAGAGCACAAAAUAUACCGAUAUAUUAUUUGGAUGAGACGUGGGUCAACGCAGGCGAGACACACAGCAGGACAUGGCUCGAUACGACGGUCAAAUCGUCACGUGAUGCAUUCCUUAAGGGCCUAACUACAGGACAAAAGGAACCCUCGGGCAAAGGUAAGCGUCUCAUCGUUUUACACACCGGGUCGUCAGAUGGUUUUGUCCCGGGGGGCAUUUUAUGUUUCAAAUCCAAAACCAAUUCAACAGACUACCAUGACGAAAUGAAUGGUGAUACAUUCUAUGAAUGGUUUGUUCGUAUUCUACCAUUAUUGAAAGCAAAUGCCAUAAUUGUGAUGGACAAUGCCUCCUAUCAUUCGGUGAAGAAAUUUAAAAUUCCAAACAUGUCUUGGAAAAAACAAGAAAUCAUAGAUUGGCUUGAGAAUAAAGACAAUAACAAAGUCGUGUUGCGAUUGCCGCCAUACCACUGCGAGCUUAAUCCGAUAGAGGUCGCGUGGUCAUCUGUGAAAAGUUAUGCCCCUUCACACAACAAUACAUUUAAGAUAAAGGACCUACUUGAGCUAUUAAAAAAAGGGGUGGAACAUGUAACACCAGAAAUGUGGACUAAUUUUGUUGGGCACGUCGUAAAGGAGGAAGACAAGUUUUUGAACAUAGAACAUUUAAGUGAUGAAAUAAUUGACGGAGAACCCGACGAAGGAGAACGUCAUAUCCUUACCAUAGGAACAGCUAGGUGA